UCAAAACAAAGUAAAGUGUAGAUAUGAAAGAAUGGCAUCUUAUUUAACUACGGAUAUUUUAUCUCCUCAACCUGAUCGUUUUGAAAGAGCGAUCCCGUUCAGAGAAUCGAAAGGACCAGUAGGUCCUUUCCGUGCCACAAAAAUUUGGAAUGAUCUUAUUGAGCAUUUAAAAUGUAAGGUAGAACUGAAGAGAAGGCGGUACAAAAUGAGGCAUAUAGAAUCAUGUUUUACUGGCACUGAUGCUGUUGAUGUUGUGCUUCAUUUUCUUCUUAAUGACAAGGAAAUGUUUUCAUCAGAUUUAUCUAGGGAAAAGGCUGUUAAAGUUUGUCAAAUGCUGAUGCAGAGAAAAGUGUUUCAGUCCGCCACAGAGAAACCAGACACAGAAAAAAUAAUGUUUGAAGAUAGCAGCAACAAGCUGUAUCAGUUUAUAGGGGAGCAUGCAGUGGAUGAGGAUGCGCUGGAUUUGAAUGAAGAAGAUGGGGACAGAUCAGUAGUUCACAACAUGACCCAGUCAUCUGAUUCUGUUAGGAUGUCUGGAGCCUUUGAGCCAGAUGAGGAGCCAAAUGACUCUGAAGCCUCUACCAACACCAGGCCACUCAGAGAGAUACAAAAUCAACAUAUAAAAGAUGGGACUGUGACAUUUGACUUGGAUUGUUCCUUAACACCAGGCACAAAAGUUAAAGCACUUUCCGCUGAAGAAAUUGAUGACAUGUGGAGAGAGGUGGCCCUCAGGCAGCUGCUGACCAUAGUAGACCUGACCUUCCUGGAUGGGAUCCUGAGUGAGGAGAAAAGGAGUCGGCAGCAGCAACAGAGAGACCAUUUGAUCAUUUCAAACAUCGUGGCCCGCAGCUGGCAUGUGCCCCUGACCCCCAGCAGCCUCAACACACCAUCAGACCCACUUCUCAAGACAGCCAUGGAGUGCAUUGAGUUCCUCCCUAGAGGAUUUAGUUUGUUGAGUGAGCCAAUCUUCAAGAGACGAGGUAUUGAAGCUAAAGUCUGGGCCAAGGAUAUAAUCGUGAAACAUUUUACCAGCCAAGCUGAAUGUCUGUUGCCACAAAAGUAUUUGGAGCUAAAUAUAGCCAUUUUAAAUCUAGUUCUAGCUGGCCAGGAUGAUAAUGCUUUGAGUGCCUUGCAGCUGUAUAUGAUCCUGCUGCCAGUUACUGUGAGAGAGGAGUUGUACAGGCUGCUAAAGUUCAUGCGCUCAGUUGCCUGUGAUUCCACAAUUCGUAUUGAUGCUCAGGAAUCCAAUGAACUGGCCAUCCUGGGUCUGUUGACCAACUCCAUCUUCCAGCACAAGCUGCUGGCGUCCACUGUGGCCCAGAAGCUGAUCCAGUUCAUGAUGAACAAGGUGGAGAACAUGUUCACCAUACCUCGCUACAUCAGGCAGAAGGUGGCGCUCAAGCUCUACCAGCUCAAGACCGGCAAGCCCAUGUUGUCCUGUGAAUCAAGUUUUUGUAACCGGGUGACAGCAGAGGAAUUUGAGAGGCAGUCCAAGGACUGUACAGAGGAGUCCCUGAUAGACUUGAUGAACUCAGUGCUAGACAACACCCGCAUCUCCCUCAAGGAGAAGAAACAAAGACUCAAGCAGUUCCAGAAAUCUUACCCGGCACUUUUUGAGCAGAACUUCCAAGGGCUUUUGUAGCUCAAUGCUAACCUAUAGCAGUUUAUACAAGGCAGGAAUUCUGUUCUGUGAUAUAGUUAGUUCUUUGAUGACAUUGGUUUCUUGCACUGGUAGCAAUUUGGUGCUAAAAUAUACAUAUGUAUAUUGUUUAAAUAUUGCUGUUUCAUGUCACAUUUUAUUUAUAUAUUUAAACUGUUUUUUGUCAUGUGUUCUCAAAUUGUUUCUUUACACAAAAUGCUAUGUAAUUUAGUCUUUUUACUCAUUGUAAGGGAGUAUAUAAUUUAUUAGUAAAAUGUUUAUAAGCUCAAAGUUAAAAGGAGACUGGCAUUGUUAAAAUAGUGGUUCAGUAAUCCUGGUGGGAUGGGAAAUUAGAUUUGACUGCAGUUAUUAUCACAUUUGCAGUUUAAAUGACAGAUUGCUGUGUUUAUAUGUCCCUUUUGCUGAAUUGGCAAUUAUUUAUGGACUGAUCCUAAGAAUUAUUGAUAUUUGUGAUCUCAUAUCCAUUAACAGUAUCAACGUCAGAUUCUAGUUUAGUGUUUACAACUACAAAUUGUCUCAUAUCAAUUGUAAUAUCAAUUCUUUUUUUUUGUUGAGAUUUCUGCCUAGAAAAUUAUUUACAAGUACUUCUUUUUAUUUUCACUUGUUGUACACAAGUAUGAUCCUACCCAUCGUUUGAUUAAUUUACAAUAUCAUUGCCUUACUUUCACAUUGUUAAAAGAAAAAUUCUUACCUUUUAUGGUAAGUAUUGAUAUACUUAAACUGUAUUGAUUUCUUUAAUUAUAUAUGUACAUAAUAUUGUGCAGGCCUCUAAAAUUUGUUCUGCAUUAUUUUCCUUGAUAUUUUUUUUUUGACAGUGGUCAGUAUGUUAUAAUCAGAUUAAUUUUGUGUAUCAUGAAAAUCUGACAUUUGUAAAUGGUAAACACACUACACAUAGCUUAGUGCAAACACAUACACUACACAUAGCUUAGUGCCAACACACACGCUAGACAUAGCUUAGUGCAAACACACACACUACCACAUAGCUUAGUGCAAACACACGCUACACAUAGCUUAGGCCUAGUGCAAACACACGCUAGACAUAGCUUAGUGCAAACACACUUCACAUAGCUUAGUGCAAACACACACUACACAUAGCUUAGUGCACACACUACACAUAGCUUAGUGCAAACGCACACACUACACAUAAGCUUAGUGCAAACACACACUACACAUAGCUUAGUGCACACACUACACAUAGCUUAGUGCAAAUGCACACACUACACAUAACUUAGUGCAAACACACACACUGCAUGACAUGGGCACAUAACCCCCACAGAAACAUGACAUCCCCAAAAAGAAAACUAUCAGAUAUUUCCCUAGCAAUGAUUGACAAUGUUAAUUCCAUAUUUAUCCAUGAGUACCUAUGCAACAUGAUUUGUCUCUACAAUUUGACAUGUUUUUGUACUGCUUAUAUUUAUCAAGUCUUUCAAUGCCUGUUGUAAAAACAAGAGUUUACAUUAUACCAGGUCUGCAUUUAUUUAUCAUACACCAUGCAAUUUUUUCCAUUGUAACCAUACAACUGUAAAUUGUAAUCUUACAUUUUUGUAAUUUGCAGUUCUUUGAAUGUUUUUCUUGUAUUGUCUGAUAAAACUUUUGUCUGUACUCUUUAAUAAAUCCAUAGUUUUUGGUGUAAUACAGAAUUGAAAAUGUUCCAGAUAUUUGUUUUUACCUCCCUUUUCUGAAUAAA